UUCUAUAGGCAAAAAUUUUUUUAAUAAUAAUCAUAUAUAUAUUUCGUUCCUUGCAGUUAUGCUAGAAGCAGGAGCUAAGGAUGUUUAUAUGCAAGACUUCAUGAAGGCGGUGAAGGUCGGAAUGAAGGAAGUAACCCAAAUUGUUUUGCCAUUGAAGAAGUUUGUUGAACGACAUGGUAAACCCAAACGGGUCAUUGAAGAACAGUGUCUGCCAUCAGAGGAAAUGAUCGAGACGGCAAGAAGUGAAGUGCUCGAAAGAGUCACUGAUAUUAUGAUGGAUUGGAACCACGAUAAGGUUUCCAGAGACAAAGCCAUCUCUGUGGUUCGGGAUGAGGCUCUGCAGAAAUUAACGUCUAAGUUUCCAGAAGCGCAGAGCAAUCUUUUGGUGGACGCUAUCAAUGGAAUCGUAAAAGACGCGUUUCGUCGUCUCGUCUUGGAAAAGGAAGAGCGUAUGGACGGGCGAAGGCUUACCGAUAUUCGUCCAAUUUUCUGUGACGUGAACCUUCUACAACCAUUACACGGGUCGGCCUUAUUUCAGAGAGGCCAAACUCAGGUUAUGUGCACUGUAACGUUCGAUUCACCUGAUAGUGCAUUACGGAUGAGGGAUCCUGUCUCACAGCUCCUUGAUGGCUAUAAGGAGAAAAAUUUUAUGCUUCACUACGAGUUCCCUUCAUACGCAACAAAUGAGAUUAAACACAGUUCGCAGGCCGGCCGGCGUGAACUUGGACAUGGAAAUCUUGCUGAACGUGCGCUCGUACCUGUAAUUCCAAAAGACUUUCCCUUUACUAUUCGACUCACCUCAGAGGUGUUCGAGUCGAACGGAUCAUCGAGUAUGGCUUCAGUUUGCGGCGGUACACUUGCUCUACUUGAUGCAGGGGUUAAGCUGAAAGCCCCUGUGGCCGGAGUUGCCAUGGGUCUCGUGUCCGUACCGGACCCUGAAAAUCCAAAACAACUCAAGGACUAUAAGAUACUUACAGAUAUUCUCGGUAUUGAAGACUUCCUAGGGGAAAUGGACUUCAAACUGGCCGGGACUGCGAAAGGGAUAACCGCGCUACAAGCAGACAUAAAAAUUCCUGGAAUGCCACUUAAAGUUGUUAUGGAAACGAUAGUACAAGGGUUUUUGGCAAAAACGCACAUUCUCAAGGUGAUGAGUGAGGCAAUGGACAAGGCGCGCGAUGACCCUAAAGACAACUGGCCAGUAGUCGAGAAGUUUGACGUUCCAGUUCAUAAGAGAAGUGAAUUCAUUGGAAUUGGCGGUCGUAAUUUAAAACGGAUCACAGCAGAGACUGGAGUCACACUCAUCCCUCUCGACAACAGUUCGUUUGAUGUGUUUGCACCUAAUCAGACCGCGCUGUCCGAAGCCAAGGAGUUGAUGACGUCAAUAUUGAUGUCUACAGGAAAGGAACCUACGCUAGAUUUUGGUGGGGUUUAUUCAGCGCGAAUUGUUGAAAUUCGAGAAAGUGGAGUAAUGGUUCAACUUUAUCCUUCGAUGCAUCCCACGCUACUUCCGAACUCGCAGCUUGACCAGCGUAAGGUAAGCCAUCCGUCGGUGUUGGGUUUGGAGGAAGGUCAGGAAAUCCAGGUGAAGUAUUACGGUCGUGAUCCAGUGUCCGGAGCGAUGCGACUUUCGCGAAAAGUUCUACAAGUGCCACCUUCUUCCAUAAUGAAGAAUCUAAUCCAGAAAUUAGAGUGAUAUCGAAGAAGUACUUGGUCUUAUUAUAUCAUCACGACAUUAUACUUCCAAUCUUGCAUCAAGUUCUAAAGCUUGUGAAUAUUAAUGUAAAAAAUGUGGUGCCAUUACUAAAGCAUAUAAAGUUAAUUGUACAGUUAACGAUUACUAGAAUUUAUACGCAAUUGACUACAUAUAUCGGGUGCAUAUAUUUAUU